AUGGCAGACAUAAAGCCAGACGCACCACGCGGUUCCACAUCGGCCUCCAAUAAGGAUGACUUAGAGCUGGAAGAGCUUCAGCCACACCCCCAUAGUGGCAAAGAAGUUCCCCAGCGGAAGUCCGAUCUGCAGUGGGCCACAGAAACCUACAUUGCCUUGAUGGUAAUGGAGAUCAAGGCCUACAUGGCCUCAGAAAUGGCUGUCCUGAAAACAGGUGUCAGCAGGUAGAAUGACUUCAACGGAGGAAACUGUUCUCAGCUUUGGAUUCAAGCAAGACACCACAGCGGCUCAGCUGCAUGAAGUAAUCCUAACAUGUGCAGCGCUGACUGCAAAUGUGGGACAGUUGGAGGAUACAGCAAGACAAUGCUUGAAAAUCCAGGGGAUCCUAGAAGCUGUGGAUGCUGGCGAGCUUCCACAGUUCAUCAUGAGGCUACUUUCCCCUACCUUAAUGCCUAA